GCACGCGCACACAGGUUCGCGCAGUGAGGGAGAAGAACAGCGGGCGCGAGUGUGAAACAGAACCGCAGUGGAUCACAUGCAGAAGAACAGCCCACGUUUAUAUUGUAGUGAUACAAAAAAGACACAAGAUAGAAUAAACUAAUUCUUCAUUCUGGUAAAUCUCAAUUCUGUAGCACCUCUUUAAACUUUCACGUGCCUGCGGAUUCAUUUCAAUUCAAAAUGAGAAGGAUUAUGCUGAUUUUCGCACUGGAUUAAGUUCUCAACCACUAAAUUCCCACAGUUCAUACGGACUAAACAAAACGCUUGAUACAUAAAAGUUCACACAAGCAUCUUGGGAAUGGAUCCAAACCCUGACCCCAGCGUUCCCACUGCUGCCCCUGCAGAACAGCAACAACCAGAGCAAGAGACCAGCAGUCAGCAGCCGGGCACAGAUACAGAGAUCGCCGCCAACACCACUCAGCCGAUCAAGAGUGAGCAACAAGAUCCACCCCCUCCCACAACACCUACUCCUGCUGUGGUAGACUCCGCCCACAUUCAAGAAGCCCCACCCAAAGACCACCUGACAGUCAUUGACGAGAACAUGGAAACAAGUAAUGGUGUUUGCUCGGCUCCUAAGGACAGUUCGCCGAGUGCUUCUUCCCCUCCUCGCCAGCUUCACGCCAAACCCAAUCACGCGCACGCUAACGGCCGUGCCAGGCUGAGCAGCCGCUCUGGGUCAGUGAGUCAUGCUGGGUCACCUCGACCGUCGCUCAGCCGUCAGCCCAGCGCAGCCACUGACGCUGGAGGAGACGGAUCCAAACCCAACGACUUUCUGGUAUGGGCAAUUCUGGCCUGCCUCUGCCCUGUCUGGCCCAUCAACAUCGUAGGCUUGACCUUCUCAGUGAUGUCUCGGAACAGCCUUCAGCAGGGUAAUGUGGAUGGUGCACGUCGUCUUGGCAAGAAUGCAAAGAUCCUGUCUAUCGUGUCACUGGUGGGGGGGAUUGUCAUCAUCGUUGUUACUAUCGUCAUCAACUGGGGUGUAAUACUGAAGACCUGAUGGCCAUCAGAGUUCUUUAACCUCAACAGACCCCAGUGACCAUCAUUUCUUCAUCAUUCUUCUCUACAUCUGAAUGCUCUUGAAUGCUUUUCCAGUUUGUUUUAUUCUCGGUCUGAGAAGCUGGAUGCUAUCUUUACCUUCUAUCAUCUCAGAACUAUCAAAAAAAACCAACAACAUUGAUUCUUCAUCUCUUCGAAUGCCCUGGAUCACGACCAAAGGCAUGCAUGUUUGUUUUUUCCUCUGUUUUUUUUAAACAAAGGAGAUGAUGUCAGCGAGGAGACCACCAACAUGAUCUCAUUCCAUUCGUCACAGGCCCCACGAGGAUGUGAAGGAGGAGAAGAAGCAGAACGAAAACCAUUGAUCAGUUUAUGAGACGUAUUUUCAUGCAUAGGAUCUCUCGGAAGCCAGAAUCCAUCCAGAAAAGAUGGGAUCGAUUACAUAAAACAGCAGAUGGCUUCUGCAUUGGCAUCAACCCACAGAUUUACUAUUAAAGCUGCUCUCGGUUUUCAUAUUUCCUCCAAAACUGAGAUUUUUUUCUUGGCUUAAACGUUUCUUAUUGGACACACUGAUUGUAUCUAAGGUGUGAAAGAACUGCAUCAGAUCUUCGUUUUGUUCCCACACAGAUAUUACGAUGCAGGUUAUCACAAAUAGAUGGAAAAAAAAACGAUGUAUCAGAGACUGAAGGAGGGAGAGGUGAAGAGAAGGCGAGGCUGCGGUCUUUUGUUUCAUACAGAAGGAGGGAUAAAGAGAGAGAGAGAGAGAGGGAUACAGGAGGAAAGGAGGGGCUUCAGAUGAAAAGAUACCCCAGAGAUGAGGAGAUGGAGGGAAUGCAGUAGAGGGAUCUGGGCGGCUUCUGAUUGGCUAGCUCUGUGUGUGUGUGUGUGUGUGUGUGUGUGUGUUAGUGUGAAGAAUCCAAUACCGUGAUUCUCUCCAACAUGCCCUCCCUUCUUCCUUACAGCAGUGCUCAGCCAGAUCCUUCAAGGCUAA